AUGGAUGACUGUGAAUGGAAUUCGGAGAGUAGCGUGGCCUCUGAUGCACUCUCACCUUUGGCACCAUUAGUCAUAUGGACCAGCAGAAGGUCUACUGCGUGUCCUUCACCGCCAAAUAUAGCAGCAUCAUACGGCACAUCUUAUGGAGCACAUCACCACGCAAAUGCUGAAAGCGGCAAUCAAGGAGCGACCUCUGAAUUCUCCUACGCAUAUUAUCCUCCUCAGCGUUCCUCAUUCAGCUCUUGCAACACAUCAAUAUCUACCUCCGAUGCCCUUCAAGAUCAUCCUUUGAUGGGGGACGUGGCAGACAAGUUCAGGGAGCAACUACCAGAGUUCCAGAGAAAUACAAAUGCAAACGCUACUGAAAUUUCAACAACAGUUGUAGAAAACCCAUGCUCUUAUCCCAUGACGUCGGCAGUGGACACUGACAACAGAUCGCAGGACAACAGUCACCAAACUACUACCUAUCCCGUCUCAGUUUCAGAUCACUACACAGGCCAUGGUCAAGUAGCUUAUGACUUGGAAGAUGUGAAUUGCUCAAGCAAGUCUGCCGAUGUGGACUUUCACAUCUACGGACGUAUUCCAGUAUCUCCUCUGUCGUCUAGCUUUUCUGAGGAUCCUAAACAUCACGAUCUCCAAGCGUUCAACAAUAUUCCCACCUCUGAGUCCUUUUCGGAGGAAGAUUGUCAACUUCAAAUUGACCUUUCUCUACCUGAAACGUUGCUCAGCAAGGAAAUAGAUAAGUCACGCGAUCGCCAGCAUGAUAAUUCGUUCACUUGUAAAGUGUGCGAUAAAACCUUCAGUAGGCGAUAUAAUCUGACCCGACAUGAAACGGUUCACUCAGGUGUGAAACCUUUUACGUGCAAGUACUGCGCUAAGUCAUUCCGUGAUAAAUCCGGUCUUACCCGUCAUGCACGUGUCCAUACCGGGGACAAGUCGUUUAAGUGUGAUCACUGUGAUCAAAUGUUCACCGAAAAUUACAGCCUACGAGUUCAUGAACGUACGCAUACCGGAGAGAAGCCUUUUCAGUGUAAAUUAUGCGGCAAGGCAUUCACGCAAACAUCACAUCUCAGAGAUCAUGAACGCAUCCAUACUGGAGAAAAACCGUUCAAGUGUAAAGUAUGUAACAAGGCAUUCAGACAAAAAUCAAAUCUCACACUUCAUGAACGUACGCACACUGGAGAGAAGCCUUUUCAGUGUAAAUUAUGCGGCAAGGCAUUCAGACAAUCACAGCAUCUCACAGAUCCUCAACCCAUCCAUACUGGAGAGAAGCCAUACAAGUGUAAAGCAUGUGGCAGGGCAUUCCGCACAAUAUCCCAUAAAUAUUACUGUAGUACAAAUCAUCAACUAAUCCAUACUGGAGAGAAGCCAUUUUCGUGUGCGGCAUGUGGAAAGUCCUUCACUCAGAAAUCCAGCCUAACACGUCAUGAGCGGAUCCAUCCCUGA